UCCGCCUGUCACUUGAAGCCAUGGCGGUGGGAGCUCCCGGUUGCUGGCGAGCGAACAUCUCCUGGCAGCUCCGGGAGAGGGACCGCAACCAGAAGCAGCGUUUCCAGGCCAUCAUCAUCUCCUACAACCAGCUCCUGGAGAAAUCAGACUUCCUUCAACACUGGUGGGGCAAACGUAAUCCCUAUUUUCCCUAUGUUUCCAGUCCCUCUCCUGAACCCGAGACAAGAGAAUCACAGCAGCAACGUUACCGGGAGGAAAUCUCAAAGCUGCAGCUCAUCAACGGCGAGCUUGCCCAGGAGGUGUUUGAACUAAACAAAGAUGACAGACGCAAGGAGGUGGAACUGCAAGCGACCCAGAACAGGCUGGCUGAGCUGCUGGACAGACUGGGCGAGCUGGAGGCGGAGCGGCAGGAGCUGAGGACGCGAGUGGCGGACCUGGAGCAGGCGAACCGGACGGUGAAGGAGGAGUACGACGCCCUGCAGCUCCAGCACCAGGAGCAGUGGCAGCAGCUUCGCACGCGGGAGCUCGAGACGUCCGAGCUGAUACACAACCUGCUGCACCUCAAGGCUCAGGAAGCCCAGGACCUGAACAACAGGAUCGAGAAGCCACUGAGGGCUGAGCAGAGGAGCCUACAGAAGGAUCUGGCUAUUGCUUCAAGCAUGCCAAUCUCGGCCAAGACGGAGACAGUUCACCAGGGACUUGUUGUCCCGCCGCAGGAAGUGGGGCAAAAAGGAGACAGGAGCUUCAAAUUACGCUGGGGUACCAGGUCGGGCUCCUUCGGUCUUCCAGACCAGCCCAAGUUUCUCCAGUCCUUCAAAGGCUUCUUUAGGAUGCGCUCCAGUGCCUCCUGCAGUGAAAUCGACUUUGGCUACUCCAGUGUCUUCUACAUCUCCAGGGUUCCCGUCCGUGUCCGGCACAGUGUGUCGGCACAUGACGGGGAGGUUAACGCUGUCAAAUUCUCCCCAAAUUCCAAGUUCCUGGCCACGGGAGGCAGCGACACGAAGGUGAAGUUGUGGGACGUUGUCGGAGGUACCCUUCAGAAUAGGAAGACCCUGGAGGGAAGCAACGAUGGGGUGACCAGCAUCGACUUCGACUCAUCGGGUCAGCAACUCCUGGCGGGAUCGUACGAUAACUCAGCACGCCUGUGGAGCCUGAGGGACUGUGAGCUAAAGCACACGCUGUCAGGUCACAGUGCAAAGGUCACAGCUGCAAAGUUCAAGUUCUAUUUCCAAGAGGUGGUGACGGGAAGCCACGAUAGGAUGAUCAAAACCUGGGACCUCAACAAACUGGCCUGUGUGAAAUCUCUGCCUGUCCCAUCUCGAUGUAGUGACAUCGUUUGUUCUGAUUACUGCAUCAUCAGUGGCCACUUCGACAAGAAAGUCCGACUGUGGGACAGCAGGUCAGGAAGCCAGACUGAUGUGAUCGCUCUGCAGGAGAAGGUGACGUCCUUGGACAUCAACCAGGACCGGACGCAGUUGCUUAGCUGCUCUCGGGAUGACCUGCUGAGUGUGAUGGACUUGCGGAUGAACAAGGUCAGGAAGGAGCUCAGGUCAGAAGGGUUCAAGUGUGGAGCUGAUUGGACCAAAGCGAUCUUCAGCCCUGACGGGAACUACGCCGUGGCUGGAUCCUCGGAUGGGACGCUCCACGUCUGGGAUGUCCUCACGGGGGACGUGAAGGCUUCACUCUCCGGAGAGCACAGAUCCUCCAUUAACGCCGUUUCCUGGUCCCAGUCUGGAGAAUACCUGGUCAGUGUGGACAGAGGAAGGGUGGCCAACCUCUGGACUGACUACUGACACAUCUGCAGGAUGAUGUCUGACUAACAUCAUCAGUUCAUUACCUCUGGGCAAGAGUCUGCUCUGUGUCCCUCCUUGUAGCAUUUUAACUGGGCAAUGGAACAUUACACGUUACAGUCAGUGUCCCACCCCUGGGAGGUGCAGGAGCAGAGACUUGGCCACGUGAGGAGACAGUGCAAUGGGCGACUUUGUUACUGGUGGAUCGGAGCCAAGGACAUAAGGGAUAAACCAAACCCAAACUUCCAUCGGCUUGGCAGUAAUUUGGAAGGGAAGUGAGUGGGAGGGAGUAAGUUUGGAGUGUUGAGUGUGAACAGGCAGCAGGUCACAGGAAGGUGUGCAGAACAUAGAGGAAUUGGCGCAACAGCUGGAUCUGUUCCGAGAACAGAGAUGCAGGAAACACUCAGCUGGUCAGGAAACAUCUGCAGGCGGGGAGAGGACUGUUGGCGACAAGUCAAUAGGUCCUCAGCUGGACUUGGAGGAAGGAUUGAAGCAAUCGAUUGGCCGUCGGGACUGAGAGUCAGCGGAAAUGCGAUUGGACGCUAUUCCAAGCUCCAUCACCGGGAGGGAUGACAAGGCAGGCAGAGAAAAAGAUUCAAGGACAUGCUUAAAGCUUACUUGAAGAAAUACAACGUCCCCACUGAAUCCUGGAAUACCAAAGUGGAAGAGGAGGAUUUGGGACAGGAUUGAGAACCUCAACUCUCUGUGUGGGGAGCAUGUAGAUGGAACAGAGCAACUUACAAACGACACAGCCAAAACAUCCCAUGGAAGAGUUUGAGAGCCUCACAGUGGGCUGAUUAUCCAUCUUGGAACUGACAAGACUGGAGUGGAAACAAGUCAUCCUUGAUCCUGAGAGACUGCCCAAGAAGGUUGGAUCUGACUUCUGCAAAGUACUGCACAUUAUAUGCACUUUAACAUCAUCAAUUGCCGGUAUAGGGUCAAUUUCAUUUUAAAAAGGGGUGAGAUGUUGUCUUGCCCCAACACUGUGCCAAACUGUGGUCAAGUCAGGGCAGUUCUGUUCACCACACAGGAAGGAUGUCCGUAAGCUAGGAAGGGUGCAGAAGAGAUUCACAAAGAUGUUGCUGGGACUGGAGGCUUAAGUUAUAAGGAGAGACUGGAUAGGGUGGGGCUGGUUUCCCUGGAGCGAAGGAGGCUGGUAGAGGUUUAUAAAAGGAUGAGGGGUAAUAGAUAGGGUGAGUGGUCACGGUCUUUUUCCCAGGGUAGGGGAGUCUAAAACUAGAGGGCAAUAGGUUUGAAGGGAAAGAUUUAAUUGGAACUUGAGGGGCAACUUUUUCAUGCAGAGGGUGGUGGGUAUAUGGAACGAACUGCCAGAGGAAGUGGUCAAGGUGGGUACAGUUACGACACUUAAAAGACACUUGGACAGGUCCAUGGAUAGGAAAGGUUUGGAGGGAUUAUGGGCCAAAUGCAGGGAAAUAUGUUCAGGCAAUACAUCUGAACGAGACCUUGAGGAGGAACUGGAGAGGGUACAGAGGAGAUUCACCAUAAUGCUGCCUGGGAUGGACUGUGUACGAGGAGAGACUGGAGACACUGGGCUUGUUUUCCUUGGAGCGGAGAAGGCUGAGAGGCGGAUCUGAUGGAGGUAUACAAAUUUUUGAGGAGGGUAGGUAGGGUGGAAAGUCAGAAUCUUUUUACCAUGACAGAGACAUGUAAAUUCAAAGGGAAUAAAUUUCUGAGGAGUAAGGGGGUUAGAGGGGAUCUGGGGAGCUUUUUCCAUCUCACCCUGACUAUGAGAAGAGUAAGGCAGGAGUCAGGGGAGAGAGAAGUCUACAAGUGCA